AUGGAGGAGCGCCACCAGUUUCCGCCGCACGAAUUGGAGAAUAUGGCCGCCGGUGAAGAACUCCCACCGUUGGAAGACGUAAGCCACACCAUGAGUAAUUUUCGCAAUCGGUUGGGCGUUCGGCCGUUUUCGAUCCAGGUUCAAGAUCUGGAAGCAAACCAUGAUCACAGACCAUACUCCGUACCAGAAUUCAAUGAAUCAAUCAAGGAAAUUUCAAGUUCAAAUUCAAAUUCAUAUUCAAAGCCUAAGUCAGCAUACUCGGAGCUGAAUCCUCCGGCGGCAUUGGAGCUCCUCAGCGGUUACCGGAACAGGUUUAAGCAUUUAGAACAUCAGUCUUCUAUUAACGAAAAAACACCGGAUUGUGCUAGAAAAGAACUAUCGACGGUGGAAAUCAUCGAACUAGCGGCGGAAAAGUUCAUCAAGUUUUCAACACAACGGGUUAAUGGCUACACCAUGUUCACCCACCCGUACGGAUCGUCGGCGUUUACGAGCCUAACCAUUGACAAUACCAGAGAAGUGGAGCUGAUUUUCCAGCUUCUGACGGCAGCUGAGAAAGUUGGUCGGAGACAGUUUGAUACGGCCAGCAAAUUCCUAGCACGGUGCGGUUGGGUGACGUCCGACGACGGCAGUCCGGUGGAACGGCUGGCCUAUUAUUUAUGUGAAGCACUACAGAAAAGAAUUGAAAAAGAAACCGGAAUCGCCGUUCCGAUGAAACUCAAAAAACUGGGUCAAAAGACCAAAAAUCAUGUAUCAACGGGAUCGAGUCCGGAAUUCUUAGCAAUGGGAACGAAUCCGACAUUCUUGGCGUGUCACCAGGCUCUUCCGUUCAAUCAAGUGUUGCAAUUCACAGGCAUACAAGCUAUUAUCGAUCAAAUUGGUACAUCGAGCAAGGUCCAUUUGAUUGACAUGCAUAUUAGGAGCGGCGUACAAUGGACAGCGAUGAUGCAAGCACUGGCAGAACGGGGAUCGCAAAUCGAGCUUAUGAAAAUAACCGCCUUCGCAACAACCUCAGAUGUCCAACAAGUAGGGGAAACCGGGAAAAGAUUGGAGGCGUUUGCCAAGACAUUUAAUUUGUCGUUCUUGUUUAAAAUACUGGUGUUAUCGGACAUCACCGAGGUGGGAAAAGAACAGUUUGAGGUUCAGGAUGGCGAAGCCAUCGCGGUGUAUUGUCAAACGAUACUAAGAACGAUGAUCACGAGACCUCAGAGCUUGGAGAAUUUGAUGAGAACAAUUAGAAGGAUCAACCCUUUGAUCGUUGUGGUUGCAGAGGUUGAAGCGAACCAUAAUUCGACCUCUUUUGUGAAUCGCUUUACCGAGACAUUGUUCUUCUAUGGUGCUCUUUUCGAUUGCUUGGAAGCAUGUAUGAGCCGAGAUAACGCUCAUCGAGCCAUGGUGGAAGGUGUUCAUCUUGCUGAGGGAAUGCAUAACAUGGUGGCAGAUGAAGGGGGCGAGCGGAUUAGCAGAAGCGUAAACAUGAAUACAUGGAGGUCGUUUUUUGCUCGGUUUGGGAUGAUCGAGAUCGAUUUAAGUGAUUCGUGUAUGUAUCAAGCUAACCUCGUGUUGCAACAGUUUUCGUGUGCGAGUUCUUGCACGCUUGAGAACAACGGCAAGUGUUUGAUCGUUGGGUGGAAAGGAACUCCAUUGCAUUCGCUUUCGACAUGGAAGUUCAUUCAAGAAUAA